GUAUUGAUUAUGGAUCCUUGUUUCUAUUUGUUCUUACAGGUUUAUAGUAACCACUGUGACUAUUUCCUUGAACAUGGUAGCAGUUAUUGCUUUGUCAGUGACUGGAAUUUUGAGAAUUCGACGAGCACUUUACUGGCUAAUUGGAAUGUGUUGGAUCUUGACAAUUCUAUGCUGGUUGUUCUUUGGGGUUUAUUUCUUCCUGGAGAAGUUUUCAGGAGAUACAUGCACCGCCCUAGAAAACUUCCAAGAAAAUCCAUACAACAACACUUUGAGUUCAAUCCUCCCUUGUGAUGAAUUGCUGUCUGCAGAGUCAGUCCUCUCUGAUGUUAGUGCUGGAAUUUACAACCUUGUUAAUGAGGUGAAUUCAAACAUAUCGCAGCUGCAAGCAACAACAUAUCCAACUCUUUCUCAUGUUUGCAACCCUUUCUCUGCACCACCGGAAUAUACAUAUCAGCCAAAUAACUGCCCUGCUAAUACGAUCAGGAUUGGCGACAUACCAGAGAUAUUGAAAGUAUUUACUUGUUCAGAUGCCAACAAUGGGACCUGUCAAGAGGGACAAUUCAUAUCCAGCAACGAUUACAAAACGGUCGAGGCCUACACGAGUUCAAUUCAAAACCUGCUAAACGUUUAUCCAGGCGUGGAGAAUCUAGUCCAAUGCCGGUCCGUGAAGGACGCAUUUUCGGAGAUCCUUUCCCAACACUGCAGACCGUGGAAGCGAUCGGCUCGCAUCUCAUGGGCGGCAAUGGUUCUUCUCUCUGUCGUCAUGGUAAUUUUGGUUCUCAUAUGGACAGCGCAAGCUCGCCAUGAUCAUGAACUUCAUUCAUCGGACAUUUCAUCCAAACCCGAAUCUCAAGCAACGGAUUCAUCGGAAUUACAGAGAAAUAAUGAUGUGAUAAUCAAGCAUCACUCAACAAAUCAUGAUUCAGUUUAAAGGCAAAAGCACUGAAGAACUCAAGAUUGAUACCUUGGAAGACAAGGCAGGCAGCAGCUUCCA